GAGGCCGCCAGUCGCGUGGUGGGGCGGGGCCGGGCCCGGGGCUGGGGCCGGCGGCGGCGGGGCCCGGCCAUGGCCCACCUGGAGACGCAGUACCAGCGGCUGGAGAGCUCCUCCACCGAGUCCCCGCCCGGCGGCGGCGAUCUACUUGUGCACGUCCCGGAGGGCGCGAAGUCUCCCUGGCACCACAUAGAGAACCUGGACCUCUUUUUCUCUCGGGUCUAUAAUUUGCAUCAGAAGAAUGGCUUCACCUGCAUGCUCAUCGGAGAGAUCUUUGAGCUCAUGCAGUUCAUCUUUGUGGUGGCAUUUACCACCUUUCUUAUUAGCUGCGUUGAUUAUGAUAUUCUUUUUGCCAACAAAGCGGUAAAUCACAGCCAGCAUCCCAGUGAGCCCAUUAAAGUGACUCUACCAGAUGCUUUCCUGCCUCCAAAUGUCUGCAGUGCAAGAAUCCAGGCAAACAGCUUCCUCAUCUGUAUCCUGGUGAUAGCUGGGGUUUUCUGGAUCCACAGACUUGUCAAAUUUAUCUACAACAUUUGCUGCUAUUGGGAGAUUCACUCUUUCUACAUCAAUGCCCUCAGAAUCCCCAUGUCCAACCUGCCCUACUACACCUGGCAGGAGGUACAGGCCCGCAUCGUGCAGAUCCAGAAGGAGCACCAGAUCUGCAUCCACAAGAAAGAACUGACAGAGUUGGACAUCUACCACCGCAUCCUCCGCUUCAAGAACUACAUGGUGGCCAUGGUGAACAAGUCACUGCUGCCCAUCCGCUUCCGCCUGCCCCUGCUGGGAGACACUGUCUUCUACACGCGUGGGCUCAAGUACAACUUUGAGCUCAUCUUCUUUUGGGGGCCUGGCUCACUCUUUGAGAAUGAGUGGAGUCUGAAGGCCGAAUACAAGCGGGCUGGGAACCGCCUGGAGCUGGCUGAGAAGCUCAGCACUCGCAUCCUUUGGAUUGGCAUCGCCAACUUCCUCCUCUGCCCCCUCAUCCUCAUCUGGCAGAUCCUCUACGCCUUCUUCAGCUACACAGAGAUCCUGAAGCGGGAACCAGGCAGCCUGGGUGCCCGCUGCUGGUCUCUGUACGGCCGCUGUUACCUCCGUCACUUCAACGAGCUAGACCAUGAACUGCAGUCACGUCUCAGCAAAGGUUACAAGCCAGCUUCCAAGUAUAUGAACUGCUUCAUCUCCCCGCUCCUCACUAUUGUGGCCAAGAAUGUGGCCUUCUUUGCUGGCUCCAUCCUGGCAGUACUCAUUGCUCUCACCAUCUACGAUGAGGACGUGCUGGCAGUUGAGCACGUCCUGACCACGGUCACCCUUCUUGGGGUGGGCAUCACCGUGUGCAGGUCUUUCAUCCCCGACCAGCACCUGGUGUUUUGCCCUGAGCAGCUGCUGCGAGUCAUCCUGGCACACAUCCACUACAUGCCUGACCACUGGCAGGGCAAUGCCCACCGCUAUGAGACCAGGGACGAGUUUGCCCAGCUCUUCCAGUACAAAGCGGUCUUCAUCCUGGAGGAGCUUCUGAGUCCCAUCAUUACCCCCCUGAUCCUCAUCAUCUGCCUGCGGCCCAAGUCCUUGGACAUCGUUGACUUUUUCCGCAACUUCACUGUGGAGGUGGUGGGGGUGGGUGACACCUGCUCCUUUGCCCAGAUGGACGUGCGCCAGCAUGGCCACCCAGCGUGGAUGUCAGCAGGGAAGACGGAGGCCUCCAUUUACCAGCAGGCUGAGGAUGGCAAGACGGAGCUGUCCCUCAUGCACUUUGCCAUCACCAACCCCAAGUGGCAGCCGCCCCGCGAGAGCACGGCCUUCAUCGGUUUCCUGAAGGAGCGGGUGCACCGGGACAGCAGCGUGGCACUGGCCCAGCAGGCUGUGCUCCCCGAAAACGCCCUCUUCAGCUCCAUCCAGUCCCUGCAGUCAGAGUCAGAGCCUCACAGCCUGAUUGCCAAUGUGAUAGCGGGCUCCUCGGUGCUGGGAUUCCACAUGGGCCGUGAUGGACAGGCCUCUCGUCAUCUCUCCGAAGUGGCUUCAGCCCUGCGUUCCUUCUCCCCGCUCCAGUCUGCCCAGCAGCCCUCUGGUGGCUUCCAGACAGCAGGAAGGGAUGGAGAGGGAACCCAGCCUCGUGGUUCCAGUGCCAUGACAGCCUCUGGUGCUGAUGCGAGGACUGUAAGCUCGGGGAGCAGCGCCUGGGAGGGUCAGCUGCAGAGCAUGAUCCUGUCAGAGUAUGCCUCCACUGAGAUGAGUCUCCAUGCACUCUACAUGCAUGAGUUGCACAAGCAGCAUGCCCAGCUGGAGCCCGAGCGGCACACCUGGCACCGGCGAGAGAGCGACGAGAGUGGUGAGAGCACCCAUGAGGAGCUGGAUGCUCAGCGAGGUGCCCCCGUCCCACUCCCUCGCUCUGCCAGCUACCCCUUCUCAUCGCGGCAGCCUGCCGAGGAGACAGCCACGCUGCAGACGGGCUUCCAGCGGCGGUAUGGUGGCAUCACAGACCCAGGCACAGUGCACAGAGCCCCAUCACACUUCUCCCGCCUCCCAUUGGGAGGUUGGGCUGAGGAUGGGCAAUCAGCAAGACACCCAGAGCCUGUGCCAGAGGAGAGCUCAGAGGACGAGCUUCCACCGCAGAUCCACAAGGUAUAGCCUUGCAGACUGGGGAUCUCGUGGGGGUUGCAGACUGGAAGCCGCCUAGGCAGCAGGAUGCGGUGUCAGCCUGAUUCCUCUCCUAUCCCGAGGGGAUAGGGUGGUCACGGGCUCCACUUUGUUGCCAUCAAUUGCUGAUGAGACAAAACUGCCAGGCCAGCAGCUUUGCGGUGGCGCCUCGUGUCCAGCCGUGUGUCAAGCCAACGCCACUCUGACUCUUGUGGGGUGAAUGCGUGUGUGAGUACAUACAUGUGUCUGUGUUCACAUCUGUGUCGUCCGUGUCGGAGGAUGGCUGCAGAGCCGGUGACAGCUGACGGGACUGGCAGCGGGGAGCUGCGGACGGGCUCGGAGGUGGCAGCGACAGCUGCUGUUUGAAGGGAUGUGACGAGGCACCAGCUCCAGAUGUUCGCCCGGAGCUGGGACCUGCCUCCAAAAAAGCAGGGAGCUGGUGUCCUCCAGGGAUGGCUGACAGCAGCGGGAGCUGUCGGAGCUGCCUGGCUCAGCCUGUAGCAGUGCUGGAACCACACCUGCAGGCCUGAGGAGGUGCCCUGCGCCGCGUUCCACCUCGCGGAGAGGACCAAUGUUGCACACCUCAGUCUGGAACAGGACAGCAGUGGAGCAGCCACCCACCCCUCUCUGUGCACGUGCGUGUGCUGCCCUGGCACUCUGCAGCAGGACGGUUCUCAGCCGCUGCUGUGUGGGCAGAGCUGGAAACAGCUCUGCUGCAGCUCCUCCCCAGCUCCCAUGACAGCUGCCUUGGCCCAGGCUCGCAGGAAAGGGUCUGUGGAGUGGCAGUCCUGAGUCUCUGUCCCUCCCCGCUGGCAGCCUCCAUGCUAGCCCUCUGGCUUGGGCUAGGAUGGCACUUCCUGCCCCGCAUGGUGCUCGUGGGUUAUGGGCUGCUCCCAGGCCCUCUUGCAGUGCCAAAGAGCUGGUGCAGCCUGAUGUCUCCUGGAGCGCACGCGGCCCGCUCGGAGCCCACAGCGAAGGUCUUGUGCUCUGUGCGCUGAUUCCCUUCCCCCAGGCAUCAUAAAAGCCUUUUUCCUAUGCCCAGUCUGCGAUGCAUCAGGCCUGUUCUGUGGUAUCAGCCCUUUCCUCCUGCCCUAACAAUGGCUUCAGUGUGUCCUGCAUCUCACCCGGGGGCUCCUGGCUCCCUCCUUCCUUCCUUCCUGAAGCAAUCUUUUUGCGAGGAUUGCUGUGGAGACCGUAAGCUGAGCAGCUGCCUCACGUCCUGGGGGGGAGAAGGGGUACCUUGAACUCAGAAGUGAGAGGCAAACCCCAGCCCAGCCCUGGGGUGAUGGAAGAGGGAAUCAGGAUCCUGGCUUUACAGCACGGCCUCGGCCCAGCCCUUCCCAGGAUCGUGCUGUUUUCCCUCGUCUCUCUUGCAGUGGCAGCUUGCAAGGACCCGCAUCUCGGCUACCCCUGCCCAGCUUUGUUCCACUCCUUCACACCCGUUGCCUGUGGUCGUCGGGACUCCUCGCUUUUUUCACACCCUGCCCUCCCCUUCCUGGAGCGCAGGUGUCCUUUCUUUCCCUCCAGGCUAUUGCCCCGUGACCUUUGAGCCUGGGCCAGGCUCGCUGAGCCAGCUGCUGCUGCACUGCGCCGGGGCAGCAGGGACGGGAGCGAGGAGGUGACAAGCGGGGCCGGCUCUGCCCCUCACACCUGUGGGCCACGCAGCCGGUCGUAACCGCAGCCCUUCUAGCACCCUUCGUUUCCCUGCCCCCACGGGAGCCACGAGCGAUGGUGACGUCCUUCCCCAGGCAGGGGAGCAAGGAGGGGCAGCCCCACGGAGCCGAGCUUUGUGCCACCCGGGCUCCCUCGCGGCCCGGAGGUGACGUUCCCUGUCCGGGGGCAGCGCUCGGAGCCUGCAGGGCGCGGUGAGGGGGUUUCAGAGGCUGCGCUCUGGAGGAAAGGAGAGCCCUGUCGCUGGGCUAUGGGAGGGAGAGGCCGGGCAGGAGCCCUUGCCGCAUGUUGUGCUUUUGUCGUCGGUGUCCCCUGUGCAUGGCGAGCCGCUCCUUCAUCUCCUUUCUGGGCGUGUGGGCACGGGGCGCCCGGGGAGGGUCGUGCCGCAGCCCCGCGCUCUCACUGUACAGCUGUCUUGCCGUCCAAUAAAGAUGGGGUGUGUCAUC